GUGCAAUGCCAUCGGGGCCUUUGGUCAGAAGACUAUUGGAAAGAAAAAACCGUUCAAGCUACUUGAUUUGGGCUUUUUUGUGGAAUUCCUCGAUAACCGCUUUAAGAUAACAUGACCCAAAUAUUGUAUUUAUUUGUGCAAACUGCGCAUCUCUAGACGGCAAUGCCAACUGUUUCUCAAUUGUUGUGUUUCAUGCCGUAUGUCGUUGAUGAUCCUGUGUGUUUUCGUUUUGUUUGUUUUCAUGAAAUUUGUGGUUAGGAGAAACAUUAUAAAAAUGUAGCUUUCAACUAUAAUUUUACUCUGUAGUCAAAAUUCACCACAUAUUACAUGAGUUUGUAUGGAAUAUGUUAGUGAAUAAUAUUACAAGCCGACAUAGCUAAGAAAAUCAACCAUGCCUGUGGAUAUCAAAGAGCUAACAGAAGGCUGGUUAGAGCUAGAAAGUGAUCCUGGCUUAUUUACCCUCCUUUUAGAAGACUUUGGAGUGAAAGGGGUGCAGGUUGAAGAAAUAUACGACCUGAAUAAACCACUAGAUAGCCCUGUAUAUGGUUUCAUAUUUCUGUUUAGAUGGAUAGAAGAAAGGAGGUCUCGCCGUAAGGUAGUGGAGCUGAAUGAGACCUUCGUGAAAGAUGAGGACAUAGUAAACAACAUAUUCUUUGCUCAACAAAUGGUUCCAAACAGCUGCGCUACUCACGCACUGAUCUCAAUCCUCUUGAAUUGCCCAACAAUACAUCUUGGCGAGACUUUGGCAAGAUUAAAAGCUCACACACAAGGUAUGAGUCCGGAUAAUAAGGGCUGGGCGAUAGGAAACACACCUGAGUUGGCAUGUGCACACAACUCACAUGCUAUGCCACAAGCCAAGAGGAAAUUGGAGAAAGGCAGCGGAGUAUCUACAGGACGUUUCACAGGUGAAGCGUUCCAUUUUGUGAGUUUUGUUCCAAUUGGUGGCAGAUUGUUUGAAUUGGAUGGUCUAAAGCCUUUUCCUAUAGAUCAUGGACCUUGCAAUGAGUCCGAUUGGACAGACAAAUUCCGGAGUGUCAUCACAAAUAGGCUAGGAAUGACAGCUGAUGAAUACAAUGAGAUUCGUUUCAACUUGAUGGCAGUAGUACCUGACAGGAGAUUGGCAAUACAACACAAAUUAAAGAUGCUUCGAACUAACAAACAAAUUGUAUUGGAUGCCUUACAACAUCUAGUCAAAAUAAAAGACAAAGGAGGUGGAAAUAAAACAGAGAAUAGCACUGAAGUAGCGAAACCACCUGUAACCCUGGAUGAAGCUAAACCGACUGAUCCUUUGAAAGAUGAUUUGACCGACGUCAAAACAUCAAAGCCGGACUUGCCAGCACCAACCACGUCCAAAGUGACUCUUUGCCCUUUGGACUAUGCGACGCCUUUGACGAUCCAAACAUCUCCCGCUCCUAGCACCUCCGGCACGGACACCCCUUCGGAUUUAGGCUCUGCUUUCAAUUCUCCCACGCAGAGCUGGAACUGGGAGAAAGGGCAGAACAGCCCGACUUCCAAGGAUCUGAAGCGGUUUGUCGUUCUGCGGAUGGGAGAGCAGUCCGUGGAAGAUAAGGAGAAGGAAACACUCAGCGCCAAACCGACCGAGCAGUCGGAAAGGAAACCAGGCGGCGUCCACGCCAGGGUGCACACCAGCGACGGGGAUCCCGUUAUAGCGGAAAAAAAGAAUCAAGAGCUGUUGGAACCGCAUACGUUUGCUCCUAAAGAUCUCUUGGCGCUGUUGAGAAAUCUGGAGAAUGAGAUCUGUAUGUGCGAGAUCAGCCUGAAGGAUGAAAAUGACAAACAGAAUAAGUAUAAGGUGGAUGACUGCCGGCGAACUCACAACUACGACGAAUUCAUCUGCACCUUUCUGUCCAUGCUAGCCGAACAAGGCAAGCUGGCCGACUUGGUCGAGCAAAACCUGAUCGUACCAAAAAGGCCGAGCAACUCCACUCCUAUACCGAAGCCCGCGAAGAAGAAGAAAGACAUCACCACCAAGAAAAAGAAGAAGGGCAGGACGAAAGUGAAGAGAAGGAGAUAGUGGUGGUGAUCGUCGAUCAUCAUGUGGUGAUCCAGAAGAAACAACAUUAGUAAAAGAACCUAGAGUCUAGAGUGUCAUGCACCUGAGCUACUCACACCAGCUUUUUAUUCGGUGUUAUACGCUCCGAAAUAGUGAGGAUAACGAAAGUGACAAUGUGUCAAGAUUGUUAGGUUAUGUUUUUCAUUAUUAUUAAACUAUCAUCAAACCAAUACCAGUCAAUGGAGGAUGGUAAAAAUGGAUAAUGUUCUGACUCAGAGUCACAACGUAGAUUUGAGAUGUUCCUGAAUAAUAGAGAUCUCAAGAGAGUGCAAGAAUGCAGCUUCAUAGUGGCUUGUAGUUGGCUCCAUCUAUAACUGAAUUCAAAUUUCAAAAGCACUGGAAACCGGCUCUGGUAGGUGUGAAAGAGAAAACACAUGAUUUUUUCCCUGGCACGUUCAUUUGCCAAAUUACGAAAAUUGGUAUUUCUUCGAAGAAUUUUUUUAAUUUAAAAGUUAUAUAUUGGGAAAUAACACUCAGUGUAGUAUAUAGAAGAUUUUCUGUUCUUUUAAACAAAAAAAAAACAUAUUCGAAAUACAAAAAAAAAAACCUUCAGGUGCUAAACCGAUACUAACAUUUCAAGCCAAAAUUUGGGCAACGGUGCAUUUUUUUAUUUUCGAUUUUUUUACUCGAAAAUAUAGCCUAAAGUGUGUUUAAAAUACAUUGGAAGUUUUGAAAUGGUUUGCAUUUUUUAAAGUUUUUAUUUUUUCCGGACCUCCAAAUGUAUUGCACGUUCUUUGUAAAAUUUGAGUUUUCAUACGCUUAAUUUUACAGAUUGUUGCUUUCGAUACUCCAUAUUUUUUUGCUAACUGUGUCACUCCCGCACCUAGUGCAACUUCGUCUAUGAUUUUCACUUUCUCAC